AUGUCUAGCCAUAAGCGGCGGGACUCUGUGGAAAAGAACUCCACUUCAAAAUCCACGGCGCAUUCCGCCACAACCUCGACCGAUUCGCUCAAUACCAGAAGACAAUCCCGAAUUCCGUCGCAGCCGACAUCGCAGGUGAUGCCGCAGAAACUCCCACGAACUUCUUCAAAGGAAGGAUCGGAAAAACCAGAUACAAAGAGCCCAACUACCCCAUCCUCCGCAACGUCAAGGCGAUUCGGCCUUUUCCCCAAGAGAUCGAAGACGGAAACCGACGCUCAAGCCUCGGCACAAUACCGACUCCCUCGAAAAGGCCCGGUCGCGCGAAUAGGCCACGAAAGUUAUGGAAAAUAUGCCCAACGUGAUCGAAGAAUGAGCUCUAGUAGCAACACCAGUGCUACCAGAACGAGAUCCAUGAGUACCACCGAGAACACGCCCAAGCCUACCUCAAGUCGCAAGGAGAGCCUCAAGAACAGACCGGAGCUUGAUAUUGACGACUUCUUGCGGAAUCGCUUGGAACCUGUUGUUAUCAGUGGCGGUGGUGGUAUGGAUGGGAGACCGUCGUUGAUGCGGACGCAGAGCGAGCAGAGUGCUAUGAGUGGUUGCAGUACAAUAUCACCGACAAACACCACGCAGACCGUGAAGGGUGCAUAUUCGACUGGGUGCUCGACUGAUUCUCUGGCUACUUUGUCAGCAACUGCGGGUGAUCCGAGCAUGAAACCGAGGACAAAUUCCGAAGGUGGUGGCCAGUCUCGUGCGCCGAUUUCCAGAAUUGGAGGCGCAUUCCAUCGUGCUGCAGCAUCACAACCAACUGUUUCUCGAUCUUCCAGUCAAAUUCGCCCAGACAAGGCGCCAAUCCCUCCAAAGGACCAAGAUCAGAAGGGCAGAAAGAAAAGUUUCAGAAGUUUCUUCCAAAGAAGUCAUUCCAAGCCGCGCAAAAACUCAACUACUGAAGUACCUUCAUCCUCUUCAAAUCAGCUCCCCGCGCAGGUCACCCCCGUGCCGGUUAACCGACCCGUUGCGCAUUAUGCUCUUCUCGAUACCGAUCCGGACUCUCUGGAAGAUGUCAUGCACGAUAUCGAGGACUCGCCACCAACGGACUACGAUUAUUCAGAAUCCAGCCCACCGGCGGAAGCCCCAGCUGCUCUGAACAUACGGAAAUCAACUUUACUUCCCUCACCUCCGAGAUUACAGACUGAAUUCCAUGCUGGUUGGCAGUCUCCGCCAAAAGUGUACAUGAACAAGGGUCUUGCAUCGUGCAGCCCUGGGACUGAGGAGAAACCAGUGGCCAGACGCCCAAGUCGACUGGCAUCUAUUGGUCGCAUUCCGCAGGUGAUUUCGAGAAAGGACAGGCAACAUAGACCAGCAGCGCAGUCGUUCUCGAGACCUUUCAGUAUGGCUGAGACGCCUUCUCUGACAGCGCCUGUGUUGAGCAAUGACUUCCAGGUGCCGACGUGCUCUGAAGAGAUGGGAAGACGGCCGAGCGAACCAACUAGAUUGGGUUUCGACCUUACUCAACCGUUUGGUGACCCUACGUACAGAAGCGUCUUGGAUCUUAUCUCUGGGCCGUACUCUAAUAACGAGUUUCUUCGGUUUUCUCCUGAUAAGAACUCGCUGCCGUCUUCAUUCGAGUGUAGUACUCCCGCAGUCACCGCCAUAGCUCCCCAUCCUGAUAGUGAUCUGACCGAUGACGAGGUUUGGAAGGAAUACGACGAUCUCAUCGACGAUGUUCUGUCGCCUAUAAGCCCGAAAACGACUUUGCCCGACUUUGCUACCUCCGAUGACGAUGAGAAGCUUGGGCUCGCGGCUUUGGCUAGCCAGACGCUGCAGAAUGAGCUGGAUGCUCCUCAUCUUCCGACUCUUUUUGAGCAACCGUCGAUUACUCUAAACCGAGCGUCUCAGUCCAGUGAUGGUUGCUCCGUUCGGCUGCGCCGUUCUAGGAUUGCUACUGCUUUGCGCUCGUCCUAUGCUCCGUCGUCUCAGCCGUCAUACAGUGAUUUGAAGGCUGGUCAAGAAGAGGAAACGGGAGAAAGUGAAAAAGGCGGUCCGUCGUCGCCUUCCCUCAAGCUUGUGGAAGAGCAGCAAAGCUUUCCCCUUUCCCCGCUUAAUCCCUCCCAGAGCUUUGAGGCAUGUCGACAACGUAACACUAUCCUGUUCGACAUUGCCGAACGUGACCGUGAAGGCCCAACAGCACAAACCAACAUCCGCUCUGGUUCUCUUAUGACAAGCCGUUGGUUGUCCUUCGGACGAGUUCUGUUCAGCCCCGCCCACAACCACGUGAAGUCCGGUGAACAGGAGCGCAUCCUUGUGAUUGAUGGAUUAGGCAAUGACGAUUGGUCGUUCUACUGCGCGCUGACCUAUACUAAUGCCGACGUGUACAACCUCCAUGUUGGCCUGACCCCAGCCGCGUCGUCACAUCCAGCUGCCUGGCAACCACCUACGAACCAUCACACCGUUUACCAUGCGGAUCUUGCAGACCGGUUCCCAUUUCCUAAAGGUCACUUUGCAGCUACUGUCUUGCGGUUUCCGGCUGCGUGCUCCGAAAGUGUUCAGGAUAAUGUCGUUUCGGAGUGUAAGCGUGUACUUCGGCCAGGUGGCUAUCUGGAAAUGAGCAUAAUGGACCUCGACAUGGUGAACAUGGGCAUUCGCACCCGGAAAGCUGUCCGUGGUCUCAAAGAGCGUACUUACGUCGCCGAUCCUAGCAUUAGCCUCAAGCCAGCUAGCGACAGCAUCCAACGUCUACUUGGUCGUCACGCCUUCGAUAACCUCCAUCGUUGCAUGGUCCGCAUCCCGGUGGCGGGGGUAAUCACCCGGUCCUCCGCCUCAUCAUCCUCUACGUCUUCAUCGUCUUUACACCCAUCGAUGUCCAUCCCCGCCGCCACCCGCUCAGCUCCCUCCUUCGGACAGGGUUCUAAUAACCCUUUCAUCCCCAGACACAACAAACACGGCAAAUCCCAGUCCAACGACACCGACCUCUCCCUAGGCGACCUCCUCUCCGACCCUGUUCCCUCCCCGUCAAAUGACGAGUCCAUCCGCAAAAUCGUCGCCAAAGUCGGUCGUUGGUGGUACACGCGGUGCUACGAGAUCCCCGUGCUGCCGGACGGGGAUGUCGAUUGCCGAAUUUGGAAUGAUGGGAAGGUUCUGAGGGAGUGUCAGAAGCGAGGCACAGGGUUCCGUUUGUUAAUUGCGCAUGCGCAGAAGCCGAGUGAGGUUAACCGCAGGACGGCUAGCGUUUAG